UGUCAUACAGUCAGCGUCGCAGCUUUGCCGGUCGCGAUUCGCAAAGUUCCCCGAACGCUUAUUCUCGGCCAAGCACUUGUGAUACCUGCGCCGCAGACAUUUCAUUAUGAAGGAGCUGAUGUCACACUGGAAGCUUUCUGUCAAAGUUCUGAAGGGGAAGUUCCACCAUUCACAUGACAUCUUGUCAGAGUCUGACCUCUACGUCACCUUGCACCUGCCUACGGCCUCUGCGUGUACCCUGCGCACCACCUGUAUUCCCAACAGCAGCACACCUGAGUGGAAUGAGACCUUCCACUUCCGUGUGCACAGUCAGGUCAAGAACAUUCUGGAAAUUAAUGUAUAUGACAAAGACCUGAUACAAGAUGACCUCUGCACCACUAUCCUGUUUGACAUUGCCAGUCUCAAACCAGGACAGAAGGAGACCAAAGUCUUCUUCACCAACGAGAAAACAAAGGAUGAGCUAUGGGUGGAAUUUGAGAUCACAGAGAGUUCUGAACCACCUGGACAGUACCACUCCAAUGGUGUUUUAGUGACAGCCCCGUUAUCUACUCUGGAGGUGAAAUUAGACGCACUACUGCCCUCUGCAGAUGAGCUGGUGUUAAAAUUAAAAGGGGCGUAUAAAGAAGAGCAGGUGAUUUCUAAAAGUUCCAGCAUCUUGCAGACUCUUCGCUAUUACAUCAACAGAGACCUGGCAACCGAGAUCGGACUUCUGUCAUCCUGCUCACAUGAUAAGGAGGAACACGAGGAAGCUCCCAGUCAGAGGUUGGCCCCCGUAACCCCGUUUUCGUCCAGUCAUGAGCUCACCGUCUCUCUUCCUGUGGACAAAAACACAGUAGAUUUGCAUUUGAAGACGGUGGACAGCUCCGAAGAGGAGCUGCAGGUGCGUCUGGAUUUUGAUAUUCCGGCAGCAGAAAAGGCCUUUCUGGUCAAGAGGAAAGAAGUGUCAUCUCGGGCAUUGCAGCGGGUCCUGAAACUCAACGCUCCACCUCAUCCCAGCAGGGUGCCAACAGUAGCAGUGGUGUGCUCAGGGGGAAGCACACGGGCCAUGACGUGCAUGUAUGGCUCUCUCAGAGGACUGCAGAGACUCGACCUGCUGGACACCGUUAGCUACAUCACCGCUGUGUCUGGCUCCACCUGGACCACGGCUUCUCUCUACAGGGACCCCUGCUGGUCCAGAACAGAGAUGGACAAGGCUAUGGCGUCUGUACAGAAUGAGCUGUUGAAGAGUGCUGCCAGACUCUUCUUUCCUCAACAGCUGCGUUAUUACCACUCAGAGCUGGAGCAGAGAGAAAGCGAGGGCCACGACGUCUCUCUCAUAGACCUGUGGGGGCUCGCCAUCGAACAGCUCAUCUACGGCAAGAAAUACACAGGUACACUGACGGACCAGCAGAGGGCAGUCUCUGAGGGCCAGAAUCCUCUCCCAAUUUACACAGCGGUCAACAUAAAGAACACUGAUGACAUCAUGGUGGCUGAGUGGUGUGAGUUUACCCCAUUUGAAGUGGGAUUCCCCAAAUAUGGAAUUUUUGUCCCUGCUGAGAACUUUGGAAGCGAGUACUUCCUGGGUCACCUGAUCAAGAAACUACCAGAGACACGCAUCUCCUUCCUCUUGGGCAUCUGGAGCAGUGUUUUUUCUGCCAACCUGACUGAGCUUUGGAGUUCCGUCACUGGAAUACUGCCGUCCUGGAAGCCCUGGCUAGGGCAGCAAGUUGUCAACACUGCAGAGCCGGACCAUGCUUCAACUCUAGACACGCGACGGGUCAGCCCAGAUGUGACGGUACUGAGCAGCUUCUUGACCGGGCGUCCCGUCAUCAGCAAGGUGUUUAACUUCCUGAGAGGAUUCUUCCUACACAACAACUACAGCCAGCACGCUACCUUCACUACCUGGAAUGAUAAACAUCCGGACUCAUUUCCGAACAAGCUCACUCCUGUGGACUCCACAUUAUGCUUAGUGGAUUCCGGGUUUGCCAUUAACUCCAGCUUCCCGCCUAUCCUCCGUGCGCACAGGCGUGCUGACAUCAUUCUGUCGUUCAACUACUCUUGGCAGCAUGACCAUUUUAAGGUCCUCAGACAGACUCAGCAGUACUGCAGUGACCACAGUGUUCCAUUCCCAAGGAUAAACUUUGACGGGGUAGCAUCUGAACCUCAGAGAGAGGUUUAUGUGUUUGAGGACCAGGAGAAUCUCCACGCACCAAUAGUGAUCCACUUUCCACUGGUCAACGUCUCCUUCAGACAGUACAAAGCCCCAGGACUGAGGAGACGGGGAGAGAAGGAGUUGAAGGAAGGAGACGUGGACGUGAGCACAAGAGCUUCUCCGUACGUCACCAAGCACCUCACCUACACUCCCGAAGACUUCCGCAGACUAGCAAACCUCACCACCUACAACAUCCUCAACAACAAAACCGCCAUCAUACAGGCACUUCAGCGAGCACUGCACAGAGGAGAGGAAUGAAAAUUACUAAUGCUUCAGAUAUCUGACUAACUGCAAGUGGCGGGAGGCAAGCUACAUUUCAAGAAAAAGCCACACCACUUAUUGUUUUUUAAAUCAAAUUACAGUUCAGUUGCAACUGUGAGCAAGAGGAGGAUCUGUCCUCAGCCUGCUGCUGCUGUGACCACUGUCCUGUCCUUUCUCUGCUGUGGGGAAUUAAAUUACAUAUAUUUGCACUGUUUGUCUUCAUUUUAAAUGUACUGAAUAUCAAAAGUCAAAUUAAAUGUAUUUAUACAGCUUUUUUUUAAAAUAACAGAUGUGGUCACAAAGCAGCUUUGUAAAUGUCCAUAUCCAAGCCCUCCGUGAGCAAGCCGCAGGUGACGGCGGCGAGGAAUAACUCCCUAUAGGAUGAGGAAGAAGCCUUGAGAGGAACCGAGACUCAGAGUGGGGCAACUCUUCUGGCUGACAACGGUCACCGCAAUAGUAACAGUUUUGAGAGAUAAAUAAUAAAAUGAGAAAUUAAGCAA